GUGCGAAAACACUUAUCGUCAAAAAAAUUAACAUUUGUUUUAGUUCGUAAAUGAUAACAGUGAUAACAAAAUAAAAGUGAGCCUUCAGGUUUUAAAAAAUUACUUAAAAGUAUCAAAAUGUAUUUGAGAAAGCCCUUUGUGCUAUGUAUUUCCUUAUUACUUUUAUUACAAGCUAAAAACUCGUCGGCAGGGGGAAUAAGACGAAUUAUUGUAAAUGUCGAUACAGGUGUUGAUGAUUACUAUGCCCUUCUCCUUUUAUUACAUGCAGAUAAUACAGGAUUAUUAAAAAUCGAAGGCAUACUAUGUUCUCCAGGCAAUACCAAUACUACCAACGUCAUAAAAAAUACGGUUCGUUUGAUGGAGUUAACCAACAGAACUGAUAUUCCAGUUUAUAAAGGAAUAAAUAGUUCGCUGAUCCUACAUGACGAUUAUUAUGGUUAUUUCGGUGAUGAUGGACUUGGCGAUCUUAGUUAUGACCACGAACCGAAUGUAAAUAUUGUCUAUCCCGGCCUGGCAGCGACUGGUCUUUAUGAUCUAGUGAGGUCUAAUCCAGGCGAGAUUUCUUUGCUCUGUUUGGCACCACUGACUGAUAUAGCCAUUACUACAAAACUUUAUACAGAUUUCUUAUCAUAUUUAAAAGAUAUGUGGAUUUUAGGAGGAAAUUAUGGACCAAUAAAUCAGGGUGAUGUGGGAACAGAGUUUAAUUUUUAUAGUGAUCCUGAAGCAGCUCGUAUUGUCUUUGAAAAUCAACAGGAAAGAAAUAUUUACAUUUUGCCUUUUGAAAGUUUCGAUAAAAUUAAUUUUUCCUGGGAUUGGAGAUUCAACGUGCUACAAAGUACUUUACCUGAAAUGGAAAUUGUAACUGCUGCUGAAAAAAGCCUAAAGUUUGAUCAAACAAAGCCUUUUUGGAACGUGCCUGAUGUUUAUUUGGCAUUUUGCUGUGUUUUUCCAGAGCAGUGUUAUUUCGACGACAUAUUUAAAUCGGCUGUGAUAGAAUUGCAAGAUUCGAAUACCAGAGGUUGGCUUAUUUUUGAUAAAACGAAUGGAGUAAAAAAUGUGAAGAUAAUUAAUGGUCUAAAUCAAGAUCAAUUUGAGAAUUAUAUGCUACAGGUUGCAGGUGUUAAAAGCUGAAAUAGACUAAAUAGUUUAUAUUUUUUUGAAAAUAAAUAAAUAUUCUUAAUA